AUGUCAAUAUCACCCACAACAUCAAGACCGUCAACACCUUCUAGACCAGCAUCUAGAAAAUGCUCAUUGGCAAUUGAGUCUCCCACAACAGAUUGCACCGGCAACAACCCACUAAAAGCAUUUCUUAUCUACAGCAAUGAUAAUGACCAUAACAGCAACAACAAAGGUAUCAGUAGUAGAAGUAGCAGCAGCAGCAGCAGCAGCAGCAGCAGCAGUAGUACUAAUAGUCAUAGUCAUAGUAGUCAUGCAAAUAACUCUGAUGUCACUAAUUUGCAGCCAGAAUCUAAUAUAGAAACUUCAAUACGCUUACUGACUGAUGACGACAAGACUUCAAAAAAGGGGCCCUUUCCUCAAAAUUCGCAACUACAACACCAUUAUGCUGCUCUGAGAAGCAGAAGUAGCCACAACGACUCCAAUGACUUCAAAAACUUUAACAACUUUAACAACUUUAACAACUGCAGCAAUACUACAAAGAAGAAAAACAAUACCCACAAUAUCAAAAGACCCCAGCUAGCUAAAUGCGCCUCAGUACCCAGCUUCAAAUACGACCAUUUGUUUGAUAACAAUAAUUAUUAUUACCAUAAUCAGCCCCAUUUCCAUUAUGGCAAUCGACGAAUAUCAAUUUGCGAUUUAGACAAUUUCUCAGAGGAGAUUGAUUUGUACAAGGAUAACUGCUCGUUUAUGGAAAGAGAAAGAGAAAACAACAACAACAACAUGAACAACAACAAGAACAGGAACAAACAAGAAGAUGAGACUAGAAAUAGUCAUGCAAGACUAGUUGAUGACAAUUGGCCAAAUAUGUAUGAAUUAGAUACUGCAUUGAAUGAUCACACCGAGUACUACUAUAAAGACAACGAUGACACAAGUAGACGCAACAGUGUCAAAUCAGACAGCGACACAUUGAAAAUGGACUCCAACACACCAAAACAACUACAUCACGAUUUCCAUUCAAGAAAUCACCGGAGACGGAAAUCUAUUGCAUUGAAAUUCGAGGAGCCAAAAAUCCUAUAG